AUGAUGUCAUGUGUCGAAGGAUCUGAAAUUUCUGAACAUGAAAUUAAAUUCAAAUUAUUGAAUUGCUCUAAUGCUCCACACAGAGACGGUUAGUUUUUUGUUGAAAUAAUUUUUGAAUUAAAAAGUCAACUUCUAAUUUGAUUCUCAAUUUUUCACUUUUAAUAUCAAAUACAAAAAUUAUUUGAAAUUUCCAGAUUUCCUAAUAGCAGAAAUUCCAAAAGAAAUUUUUCGAUUUGAAAGUGUUUUCCAAAACACCAGUUUGUCAAGAAUGUACAAUUGCACAAAUGUUUCGGAUCGAUUUUACAAUGGACCAAACUACACACAGAGUUCAAAACUUUUUUCGGGACGAAAAUCGUGUUUGGGUAAAGGAUGCUCUUCAACAUCAGAAUUUCAUUUGUGAGUUCACCUUUUUGGAUUUAAAAAAUGAACUAAUUUUUUUUCAGAAAUAUUCAAAAAAUGCCCACAACUUUCAUUUGCAAAGCGGAUGGUUCAAUGGUAGUUGAACUGAUUCGAAAUGUAUGCAAAAAUGGAGAAUGCAAAUAUGUGUUCAAUUUGAAAGAUCCAUCUCAAUUAAUGGAUUUAGUCAAAGAACCAGGAGUUCAUUCUGUUGAUAUUGUUGUUGAAAAAAAUGGAGAAAAUUGUUUUGAUACAAUGGUUAUGAAUUUACUAUCAAAAUUUGCUAAAAAUAUUCGAAAUGUCAAUGCGAUUUUUGAUGAAAUAGUUCCAGCAUCCUUUCCACUUUUCUUGAGAAGAUUGAAACGUUUAAAUAUAUUACGAGUUCAACAUCGACAAAACGAAAUUAUUGAUUUGAACAAAUGGACAAGUGGUUUGAAAAGGAUUCAAAUUCUUGAGUUAGUUUUUUUUAAAACAUCAAUUGACAAUUGUUUUAAAUAGAUUUUCGUUUUAGACUUCAUUAUCCAGAUGAACUUGGUAUUGGUUACAAAAUCGAUGCAAACGCAUUUCGAAGCCUUGCUGUAGGCCGUUCUCAAAACGGUGAAUUCAGUCAAUUUCUGCAAUUAUCAGCAUAUCGAACACAAUUUGAUUUAUCCGCUGCUCAAUUCAAUCAAUACAUAAGAUUUGCUGUUUCAAAUGCAGAUAUUAUUGGUUAUACAAGUGAAGAAGAUUUUUCAAAAGUAAGUUAAACUUUUUUCAAAAAAAAAACCAAAAAAAAAAUAUUUCAGACAGUUGAAAAAGGUUAUUCUGCUUAUAAUUCACGCACAAUAUUUCGAUUCCGAGCAACUCCAAACUUAUUUCGAAAAAUUGCGGACGAUUUCCGUAAACUUGUGAAAUGCAAUGAAGAAAAUCUGAUAUAUGAACACCAAUGUGAACAAGCACCUGAUUCUCUGUGGAUGGGACACAAUGGGCACAUUCUUUUUAUGGAUCGUCUAUGA